UCCUUCAUCGAUGCUCAACAGUCGGUUGGGAGGCCGGAAGUGUCGCGCGGUCACGAGGCCGGAAAUUGUCGCCGCGAAAGGGACGGGGCGAAGCGGUUGGUUGAAGCGGCGGCGGCGGCUCGUGAGGGAAAAGAGGCGCUCGAGAUGAAUUCCAGAGGACUUAAAGCCCAACUGAAGGAUAGUGUUCCUAUUGAAGAUUUUGGACUUAAUGCAGGACCCUAUGGCGUGCGUGAUACCUUGCGUGGAGGAUUCUCCAAUGUGAAGUCUGAACUUUUGCCACAUCAUCCCCUGGAAGUUUCAGAAAUCAAUUUCCAGCUCAAUAAAAAUCAAAUGAAUUUUGCUACAUUGAGAAAUAUUCAAGGAUUAUCCGCUCCACUAAAGUUACAAAUGGAAUACAAAGCAGUAAAGCAGGUACAGCGUUUGCCUUUCCUCAUAAGCUCAAACAUUGCACUGGAAACGCUUCAAGGGAAUGAUGAAUGUCUUGGCUUUGAAGACAUACUGAAUGAUCCAACUCAAAGUGAAGUAAUGGGAGAACCGCAUCUUAUGAUGGAAUACAAACUUGGCUUGCUGUAAUUCACCUGCAUUCCUGAGAAUUUCCCAGAGACAAGUAUUGCUUCCCGCUGCUUUGCAUAGGAGGUUAUGAAAAUAACAUGAACUUGUAAAAUAUAGAUACUUCAUAAUGUAACUGGCCUAAAAUGAGUGUAAUUGAAAACUUUCUCAUCGAAUUAAGUUAGUAAGAAGGAGAAAUUUGUUAGUGACUUGAAGAGUUGGUUUGCGAACAGCCCAAAUCCCAUCACUGUAACUGACGAUAAAACUUGAACCCCAGAUGCACACAUGUUUAACAAAAGUGUUAAUUUGUACACUAUUAAAUACAAUUUAUAGCAGCGCUAAAUAUGAAAAGCACAUAAUUGGAGCGCAUACUAGUUAUUUCCAAUGUAAUCACACACAAUAUUUAAUGGUAAUUUUGGAUGCAGCACCAUUAUUUACUCCCUUAGAUCUUUGUUUUUAUACCAAACAAAACACUGAAGACAAAUAGUCCAAGUAUUUGUACAACAGCAAAACGUUGUACUACUUUGUAUCCAAACAUUUGGAUAUAUUUGAAAUCUUGUCUACUUGCCAGAGACAUUUAAGGAAAUAUUUUUAUUUCUCUCUUUGACUUUGCACGUAUUGAGGGAAUGUUGUCUCAUUAAAACACACCUUUCAUGAAAAUUAUCCAUUAAGUUUAUACAUGCUAUUUACUGUCAGAUUCCUGCAGAUUAAUAAAAAACCAUUGGGCUCUGUAAUUCGCUAAUGUUGAACAAUUCUGUUGUGGAAAAUACAUACACAUUAAAAUUUGCAAAGACAAAGACUUUUAACAUCAGCAAAAGAAGUUGAUGAGUAUUUAAAUGUCAGGCUGUUAAAAAUUUAAAUUUAUCAUAUUCCCAAAAAUAAACUGGAUUUUAGUUUAUUUCACCAAUAAUGGAAUUCAUUAGGUUUGCAAACUGGUCACUUUGAAGAGAAAUAUAGUUGAAUAAUUUUUUUUUUAAUAAUAAAAAUAAUAUUUCCGUUUUUUCACUUGUUUGCUUGUCCCGUAUGGAUGAUUAAUCUCUACAGUGGAUUGUGGAAUGAAGAGGGAAAGAGUUUGUAAUGUUUUGAUUGGUUUGUUUUGGGCUGGAUGUCAAUGGUUAGUUAGCACUCUAAAAAUUUAGAUAACUUUGCUUAUUUAAAAGAAAACACUCAAGGUAACAACUUAUGAACCCCAUAAGGUGCAAAUAAAUCAAGACCCUUACAAAUAA